AUGGCACCGCAGAAAGACAAGAAGCCGACCUGGAGGUUCCAUUUGGACCUCACUCAUCCGGUGGAAGAUGGAAUUUUUGAUUCUGGAAACUUCGAACGGUUUCUCCAGGAGAAGGUUAAAGUCAAUGGAAAAACUGGAAAUCUUGGAAAUGUUGUUCACAUUGAAUGCUUGAAGAAUAAAAUCACAGUUGUUUCUGAGAAACAGUUCUCUAAAAGUUAUUUGAAAUAUCUUACCAAGAAAUACUUUAAGAAGAAUAAUCUCUGUGACUGGUUUCGUGUUGUUGCAUCUGACAAGGAGACCUACGAACUUCACGAUUUCCAGAUUGGUCAGGAUGAAGAUGACUCAGAGUCUGAAGAUUAG